GCUGCACGGUCCGUUCGGUGUUAUUUUGCUUUCUGGAAGACUAGGGGUCUUGCGAGGUUCCGUGAGCCACCUUUCCGUCGAUUUUAGUGAGCGUGCAGGACACCAGACUGUACCUUGACACAGGUAAGAGAGGACACUGGAUAUUUCGUGAGGUCCGAUACCGAGCAUAUCGAGCCCUGCAGUGGGUCGGUCCGGUCUCUUCAUAAGCAAGAUAUCGUUGAACUAUGUGAGCUAGUAAAGCCACAACGAAAAGUCAUAACGCCUCUCGUUCGUAUCCCAGCCGAGUGAAUUUGACGUUGGGUGCUUGCUAUAUCAUCGCUGUCACUAACAUGGGGAAAGGCGAGAUUCCACUGGAUGUGCACCCUCUCGAGGGUCCCUCGCCCCCGAUCGUUCACAUCCCGCGCGAGGUACGACAGUCUGACAAGGUCAACGAAGCCUACAACCAAGCGUUAAAUGAGAAUGGUCCUGUGGUAAUUGUCCCUCGACAUGGCCGCAACGAAUACGUCAUUGAUCAUCGAUUCGCAUAUGAGGUUCUCACCGACUCCAAGAACUUUACCUUUGAAAAGGCAGUGUUCGACCUGCUACACCUGGGGUUUAUCGCCCUCUUUGACAAUGGUGCGUUUGUCCACGAUGUCGACGGGAUAGUCGAAACAAGUGUGCAAACCCGAAUGGCCCCCAUUGUCGAGCAAGUCUUCCCUGUCUUCCAGUCAUAUUUCAAUCGAUUGGCGGACGAAGUGGACGGCAGCGAAAAGGCCAUGGUUGAAUUUCCAGACAUCUUCCGACGGGUUCAGCUGGCCGUGGCGCAGGCUAUGGUGGUCAUGAUCCUUGGGAAUGAAUAUUCAUCUACUACCACAGGUACCCGGUUUGCCGAUGUAGCUGUGGCUAUGGCCAGUAUGACUGGUAUGCACGAGAACACGCACGAAUGGCCAUGGGCCCCAUCAUUAUGGGUGCUACUAAACGGCCUCAGCGCCGUAUUCUUCACCAUCGUGCCUCAAUUCUUCUUCGCUAUUGUCCCUACGAUAUGGCGAAACCGCAAAAACCACUUGGAAAAUGGCCUUGCUGCCCAUCCUGGCCAAUUCGUGCCGCUACUGGAUACUCUUCUUGUGAAACACUACCACGAUAAAACAGGGAUUCGAGCACUAGCAGGUUUUGGAUGGUCGGUCGUCCUUUGUGUGGGCCUGAUAUUUGCUUCAGUUCAUCAGACCGUGGUUGCCGGGUUCUGGGUCCUGAUCAAGCUGGCAGAAAAGCAGGAUGAAUAUCUACCGGCAAUUCAGGAGGAAUGGAACUCUGCAGCUCCUGACCAAAAGUUGAGCGUGAAGAAGUUAAACGAGCUUGUUCUCCUCGACUCUUUCAUCCGUGAAGUUCUGCGGACAAAGGGCGAUACUUGGGGCCCUGUGAGACAAACGACGAGGCCCGUCCGUGUUGGGCCAUAUGUCCUUCCUAAGAACGCAAUGUGUCUUGUUCUCAUAGCUCGAGCGCAUCAACACCCGGACAACUAUGGGUCAGCAGGCACCACAUUCGACGGCUUCCAGUGGCAGAAGAAACAGCGUCCGGCGAUACAAGGCAAUGCCGAGUUCCUGACAUUUGGCCUGGGAAGAUGGGCGUGCCCAGGCCGACAGCUAGCCAUCCACGAGAUCAAAAUCCUAACAUACUUGUUCUUUUCCAGGUUCGACAUCAAGGUCAAAGAUGGUAGCUUUCGAGUGUUGAAUACGAUAAACACGACUUCUGUCCCUCCUGAGGCAAGCUUCUUGUUGCGGAGGAAGUCUUUUGGUUGAGACGGAUGUGGAAUGAAGGUAUAGAUAGAAGCAAAGUGGGAAUGUGAAGAUAGUGUCGAGCAAUGCCAUGAAUAUAACAUUACGUAGGAGAUACUCAACCCGUUGGUACUAUGAAUGAUGAAUGUUCAUUGUCAUCGGUCAGAGCUUGGAUUGUACGCUGUUCUGAUUUCGCUGUGCCUUGAUAAAACCUUUGAUAGCAGACUUUGCCUCAUGGCUUCUCACCCUUUCUCG